UUGUGGUGCUCUGAUUGGUGGAACUAUUUUUUUCCUGCCAAGUCAAAUUACCAAGAGCUCUUGGUUUCUUUGUAAAUAGUAAAGUAAUGCUGCACCUGACGGGCCAGAGCUACAAUGCGCGCGACAUAAUCCGGAACAUCUUCUCCCCACUGAUAGGCGUGCUGUCCAGUCCGCAGGCGGAUGAAAUCUGCCACCGGAACAACCUGUCCUUCGUGGAGCUGCUGCAGCCGUUCGCAAAGUUGCCAAAUGAUGCGCACUUUCGCGACGUUUCCGGGACGAGCGUAUCGGUUCGAGGACUCCGCCUCAACUUCUGUGAUGUGGACUGGCGGCCGCCCCAGACAGUUUUGGCCAGGAAGAUGCUCAACGAGUCGGUGACCAAUGCCCACAAUGACAAAACCAGACUGGCCACUAUAGCUGACAUCGACCUCGAGUUGCCCACCUCGGAACCUUGGUUCGAGCAAUGGCGGGAGACCUUUUUGACUGUGCAAUUCCCGGCGGAUCAUGAGUUCACUCGCCACCUACUGAGCUGCCUGCUGGUGCUCUCCAGCACGGAUCCGCAGAUCGUGGAGACGGCCCACAAACUGGGUCAGCGUGUGCAGCAGAUGCAGAGCAUCACGCCGCAGAAGUUGCCCAAGUGGUUCCACCCCACCGAGGUCCUCAAUAGCUACGUUGUGCUGCACGAAGCCAGCCAGGGGGAUUUGUCCAAGGCGCAGCAAGGAUUCGAGCUGCUCAAGUCCACCUUCGGGGACAGCAAGUGCUUCCUGGUGUCCAUUAACUCGCUGGACGGGCAGACUGCUGCAGAGGUGCCAGAUCAUUGGGCUACAUUCAUUAAAAGGCAACCGAAAAACGAUGCGAAUCUACCCUCGACGGAUCUGAGUGCACCGAAGUCGCCCCAGGAAGCUGUUUCUGUCAUCAGUAUGCCAGCCAUGCAGAUGUCGCAGCUCCUGGACGGAGCUAGUGCCCAGGAAAGCGACCUGGCCAUGCUGCAUCCGCUGAGUCCAAUGCAGGAGAGCGCUACCGAGGCGAUUAAUUCGAAAUUCAGCAUCAGCAGCGAGAGUAUCGCCUCGCAAACCAUAAAUCCCAAUGUGUGGGCGAAUGAAUUGGAGGCGGAUGCACCGCACGGCAUUUGCCUGACCAAUCGGGACAUCGACAACCUGCGGCACUUUGUGCAGGACUACGCCGUUCGUGCGUUGAUACCCUAUAUUGAGCAUCUGGUGGCCAUUCUGGCCGAGGGAGUGACGAACAAGAAGGGCGUUAGCAAGUCCCUGUUGAGCGCCACCAAACGGUGGUUCGUCACCAGCAAGCCGGGGGCAGGAGCAAACAAUCAAAAUGCAGUCAUUUACACCAACGAAUCUGCGGAACUACAAACUCGAAAGUUGGGCGAUCUCUAUUUCAUGUUCGGGCAUUAUAAUUUGGCUUUCCAAGCCUAUCAUCAAGCCAAACGGGACUUUAAUGCGGACUCUGCCUGGCAAUACUACGCGGGGGCUUUGGAAAUGGCUGCCCUAUCCGCCUUUAUGUUGGGCACUGCGCAACGGAAGACCUACGACUACAUGGAGGACGCAAUUGUCUGUUAUCUCACAGUGUGCAAAUUGCAGCAAUUUGCCACGAGAGCAACGCUCCUGAGUAUGGAAUGUCUGAAAACAGCGCGGCUUUAUAGUGAAGUGGCUAAGCAGCUAAUUCGCAUGACUAAUGAGGAGUCAGAUCUUCGGUCAGCCCUAUUGCUGGAACAGGCGGCAUACUGUUUCCUGGUGACCCAACCGCCCAUGCAUAGGAAGUAUGCCUUUCACAUUGUGCUGGCCGGCAAUCGUUACUCCCGAGCUGGCCAAAGGAAGCAUGCAUAUCGUUGCUAUCGCCAGGCCUACCAGGUCUUCCAGAAGCGCGAGUGGAGCUUGGCUGAGGAUCACAUUCAGUAUACCGUGGCUAAGCAGGCGUAUAUGCUGAAGCAACUUGAGGAGGCCAGUCGAUCCUUUGCCCAUUUACUUAGACCCGGAAGUCUUCAAAGUGCGCAACAACAGACCAGUUUCCUAAAAGAGUAUAUUCAAACGCAAAAUGAACUGCAGAAGCGAAGUCCUGAGCUGGGCUUACUACCACAUGCCUUACCCCAAGUAGUGCAAUCUUCCGUUCGUGUUCUCACCCUAGUGCAAUCACCAUCGUCUUUGGCAGCUCAGGUGCCGGCCACCAACAUAGAGAUUAACUCCAAUCUGACGGCCGAUGAAUCCAUUUGGAACAAGAUUGAGGAGAUGCUCGUCAUCACGGCUGCCAAUAACAAGCCAUUUGUGUUUAAGCCCUCUAGAUAUUUGUACACCAAGCAGCAGCCUGCACUGGAAACUCCCGUUGCGGUGCAGGGUGAACCCAUCGAGCUGGCUGUGACCCUCUCAAAUAGCGUUCGAUGUGGUAUUGCCCUCUCCGAGAUAGACCUUCUGUGGAAACUCACUCUGGACAAUGACGAGGUGCUCUCCAACGCUUGCAUUUAUGAGGAAUCAUCGGACAGUGCCAGCAAAAUAGCUGUGGGUGCGGCGAUAAAAACGAGUUGCGUGGCCUCUAUUAAACUGGCCGAACAGGCCGAGGAAACUUUGCACUUUAAGCUGACUCCAAAGCUAACCGGACGCCUGAAUGUUCUGGGAGUAGUUUGCCGAGUGGCAGCCAGUGCGGAUCCUGCAGCCAGCCUGCUGGGUACCCUGCAGUUCGAAACGCAAAGGAUCAGACCUAACAAUGCCAAGCAAUCCUCGCAAACUGUUUUGGACAAUAGAUUAACUAUUAAGUUGGUGCCCCAAGUGCCUGCCAUGAGUGUCAGCUUUACUCCUGUUCCCAGUCGCCUGUUGGCCGGUGAAAUUAUACCAGUUCAAGUGACUCUUCGCAAUUUGGGCAUCGCUCCGAUUGAGGAGAUCUACUUGGGCUGCGACAAUCCGCGCUGUGUCUCCCUCGUGGAUCAGCACAGCCAAAUGCCACUGGCAAUGAUGAGUUCCCUUCGCAAUCUGUCCAAUGACAAGCUCGUCAAAGACAAGGAAAUACGUGGACAACGAGUGUAUCGACUGCUACAACGCCCUGGACAAGCGGCCCUAGAUGCCCAGCAGGUUCAAACCAUAUCCAUCUGGCUGCAGGCUCCACACCAGGCUGGUCCCUUCACUCUGCGCCUGCUCUUCUACUACUCCUUGCCAGCAGGAGCAAGUUCGCACAUCAAAUAUCGCCUAGUUCGGCAUAUCUGGCAGCUGCAGGUAGAAAGUUGCAUACAAGCCGACUCCACCUGUGUGGUUAGCAAUGUGGUAACUAAUGAACUGGGCCUGGAUGUGAACGUUAGGAAUCAGCAUGCGGGCGAUGCGACGGAGGUGUAUGUCAACUCGAUUGCCUUGUACUCCAAGGAGUUCAAUUUGAAUCCAGAAAAGCUAUACUUACUGAACAGUAUGGGAGUCAUCCCAGGACAGGCGGGAGCUCAGUGCCUCAAGUCUUCCAUUUGCUGCAAUUUCCAGUGUCGCCUGCAGGAGAGGGACACAAAAGAAGAAUUCCAAGACAUUCCAUCGAUCAAAACCCUGCUGCAAUCGCGAAUAUCCCAUUUGAAGAUUCUGCCUGCCCAGCACGCCCAGCAGGUGGAGCAGCACAUGCCCCCGAUAUACGAACCGCACAGCUUCCUUACUAACGAAGAGACGGUGUACUUCAAUAUAAAUAUCUCCACCGAGGAGUUUAACGCAAGCAUAGCUGGCUACGUGCCACAUGCUACUCUGGCCAUAAGUUGGAGUGCACUGGUGGCCAGGGAGGAGGGACAGCGCCUGGCCUGUGGCCUGCACUUCAUUAAGCUGUAUAGACUCUUUGAGACGGGACACUGUCCGGCGGCACCGAUAGGACCUUUCCAACGGAGGAGACAGUCUGCUGACGACUCCAUAAGUAAUCAGCGCGAAUUCCCACUACCCGAGGGAGCAGUCAACAAUGAGGAGGCCUGGCAACCCCUAGCCGAAGCGGAUGAAGAGGACUAUUGGGAACCCAACGAUAACUAUGUGGGCCAACGGUGUCUUCUGGAGGAUGAAAGCUUUGUGAUGGCAGUUAAAGCCUAAAAUGUUCGUCAGCUUGUCUGUAAAUCAUUACAUGUUAAUUAAAAUAUUGGAAUGUGUUUUUAA